AUGUUACCUAUACUUAUUUUUGCUGGUCUUACCAUCGCACAGUCUUUCGGUGAGGCUCAACCGUCUCAAACAUUUAUCAGCGCACCUGAACUUUACGCUCCUAUUCUAUCGGUCAACAAAUCUGAUGCACAACUCGCCAAUGGACUUUUACUUAUGACCAGUCAAGAAUAUGGGCCACUCUUGAUGACGGACUCCGGGGAUUUAAUUUGGAAUGGGCCUUCAGGACAUGCAAGUAAUCUAUUUGUCCAAUAUCUGGACGGUAGCCCAGUCUUAACUUACUGGAUUGGAAUUGGGAGCAAUCUCGCACACGGAUACGGUCAGGUGAACAUCCUUGACACAAACUACGACCAGAUAUACACUAUCUGUCCCAAUUUGACCCUGACCUCACCCACCGGUCAGUCAACGGGAUGUAGUCUUGAUUUGCACGAGUCCUUCCUGACGACACGUGGUACCAUUAUUUCCACCGCCGUGAAUGUUACUACAGCAGACUUGACCUCGGUUGGGGGACCCGAGGUUGGAUGGGUAUACGACAAUCUUUUCCUUGAAAUUGACAUCAAGACCAACGCCAUUUUGUUUGUAUGGAGUGCCCUUGCAGCAGGUAUCCCUAUCAAUUCAACCAAGCAGGCACUAUCAUCGACGGGUACUUCGCAAUCGAAUCCCUUUGAUUGGUUCCAUAUGAACUCCGUAACUACAUUGAAUGAUGGCUAUCUUGCCAACUCGCGGCAUACCUGGUCUUCGUAUGCCUUGGAUUCAAACGGACGUGUCAAAUGGACACUUGAGGGGUCAACUGGCGGAGAUUUUGCCUUGCCUACAGUGGCUAACUUUUCUUGGCAGCAUCAUGUUCGAGUGGAGAACGAGACUUCGAGUUCCCUCUUACUGCACAUGUACAACGACAUGAAUGCAUCAGGCGACCUACCUUCGAAUGGCCUACUACUAUACCUGGAUCUCGAAAACUAUAAAGUUACCCUGAAAAGUCUCUACAUGGACCCGAAUCAGAUGAUAGCCUCUACCUCUCAAGGCUCCUAUCAGCAGUUAUCCAAUGACAACGUGCUCCUCGGGUACGGAAACCAGGAAUACUUCAAAGAGUUUAGCCCUGAUGGAGAUGUUGUUAUGAGUAUCUCAGGCCUAAGUUCGUAUCGCGUCUAUCGACAGACUUGGGAUGCUUCACCGACAGGAUACUCGCCAAACGUCAUCGCUAAGCAGGGUCAGGGCUGGGUCAGUUGGAAUGGAGAUACAAAGACGACUAAGUGGGCUAUUUAUGCUGGCAGCUCGAACGAUUCACUAUCGCUGGUUGCUGAAGUAGCACGCAUUGGCUUUCAGACUCAGUUCAAUCUGUCGAGUAGUGCCGCCUGGGUGCAGGUGGGGGCGUUUGCUGGAGAACUCCAUUUGAAAAACUCGAGUGUUGUGGCGGUUAGUCACUGA